GGGUUAUUUUGGUGAUUUUUGCGCUCAAAUCACUGUUUAUUCUUCUGGGUAUUUGAUUAAAUACUGCCAUGGCUACCGACUCUCAUUCCCCUACUCCGAGGGCUCUUCUCUGUAAUGCUGGAGCUGGUGCCGCUGCUGGAGUUCUUGCUGCUACGUUUGUGUGCCCUUUGGAUGUUAUUAAGACUAGAUUUCAGGUUCAUGGACUGCCAAACAUUGGAAAAGGGAGUCUCAUACUUGGUAGUCUGAAACAAAUUGCUCAUGCGGAGGGGCUGCGUGGAAUGUAUAGAGGACUCUCACCUACUGUGCUUGCACUACUUCCUAACUGGGCUGUUUAUUUCACAAUCUAUGAACAGCUUAAAUGUUUUCUUGGCUCUGAUGAUGAAAGGCAUCAGCUUUCAAUAGGUGCUAAUAUGUUGGCUGCAUCUGGUGCUGGGGCUGCUACAGCUAUUGCAACUAAUCCUCUAUGGGUUGUUAAGACCAGACUUCAGACGCAGGGAAUGAAGUCUGGUGUCCUACCGUAUAGAAACACAGUUUCUGCCUUGAAGAGAAUAGCCUAUGAAGAAGGCAUCCGUGGAUUGUACAGUGGUCUUGUGCCUGCUCUGGCUGGUGUAAGUCACGUCGCGAUCCAGUUUCCGACAUACGAGAAAAUAAAAAGCUAUUUGGCUAGCAGAGAUAAUACGACGACGGAUAAACUCUCCGCUCGUGACGUUGCAGUCGCCUCAUCUGUCUCCAAGAUAUUCGCGUCCACAUUGACUUAUCCACAUGAGGUUGUACGUUCCAGGCUUCAGGAACAAGGGUUCCACUCCGAGAAGCGUUAUUCGGGCGUAACCGAUUGCGUAAAGAAAGUGUUUCAGCAAGAUGGUCUCCCCGGUUUCUAUCGAGGGUGCGCGGCCAACCUUCUUAGGACGACGCCUGCAGCUGCCAUCACAUUUACCAGCUUUGAAAUGAUCCACCGUUCUCUUCUCAACUUAUUUCCUUCUGAUCCACACCAACACACAUUAUGAAGACGGGUAAUGUUCACAAUUCUUUGGGGACACACUAGUAUUGCCAUUACUGUCUCAGUAAAGCUUCAACAUGGAAUGUCCUUUUUGUUGAGAAGCAACCAGUCUCUCACUCACUAUAACAUUAUAAGCUAUGGGUUUAACUAAUAUCUCUUACCAUGCUCAUUUCCUCUAGUUACUAUUGUCCAUUAAGGACGACGUGUACACCAAGUUAUCACAAAAUGGCAACUUCUCGAUCAUAA